AUGGACAGGGCCUCGGGAAUGCUGACCUUUCCUCUAAAAAUUUCAACUUCGAAUUUCCCAAACACGGAGGCUUUCCCCAUGUCUUACGCAAUCAUCUUCUGCCGCGUCCCGAAUAUCACAGACUCCUUACACUCUGACGAUGAGGAAUUCCGAAAGCACUUUUGCUCAGCUUACGCCAACAACACGCAAAGCACACCAUUCGGAAGCAGAAGUCAUCAACGCCGUCCCAACAACCCUAGUCUGUGGCAACUCAAUUCCAAUUUACAAGCUCAGGAAGACGACGCUACUCCCGCGGCCCUACAGCUCUGGAUUGUGCGACGACAUCUCCGAAGACGAACCAAGUUUUAUGGCUAUGGCCCUUCGCAACGAGAAAGGCUACGUGGCCCAGAACCCGACCAGCCAGUACUUAACCAAGGCUACAGCCUACGGUCACCUCUUGGAUCUGGCUCAAGCGUCCAAGCGCCGCCAAGAACCUUGGAAGACGUCCUCGACUUCACUCUCCCUGCCGAGAUUUCUAGAGGUGACUUGCCGACCAGUCCUUGGCUUCGCCUCACCAAGCCAUUGGCGAAAGGCGACCAGCGGUCAACCUUACCCAAGUCAGCGACUGCGAGGAGACCUUCGUUCCUACCCAGAGCCAGCUGUUUCCCCACGCCACGCCUAGCUCCGCCAAGACAGACGCAGGAGCAGUCCCUCGUUGCUGGGAACACCAUGCUGGCCACGGGAGCGAGGAAGUUGAGGCUUCGCCGAACGUGUUACCAGUACUUGGCCGCCCAGCUCGCGGAAACGAUCGUGCCUGUCACGCGGGAGAGGAUGCCCCUGUCAUAG